AUGGCCGUCGAAACCAAAAUCAGCUCGCCGGCCCAUGGCGGCGCUGUCGCGAACCAGGACCACGGAAACAACGAGAACCGCAACAGCGAUAUCGAAAAGGCUCCCUCCUACAACAAUGGCUCGGAUACAAACAAGCAUGACAUGGAACCCCAGAUCGGCGUCGGUGGUCGCGGUCACACGCAACGGCGGCUCAAGAACUAUCACAUCACCCUGAUUGGAUUCUGCAGCGGCAUCGGAACCGGACUCUUUAUCGGCACCGGGUCGGCAUACGCCAAGGCUGGCCCGGCCGGUCUGCUUCUCGCGUAUAUCGUUGUCGGUAGCGUGCUGUGGUGUGUGAUGCAGUCGAUUGCUGAACUCGCUACUGUGUUUCCGAGUGCUGGUUCUUUCCCCCACUGGGCAACUCGUUUCAUCGAUCCGGCCGUAGGCUUUAGUCUGGCUAUCAGUUACGGUUACUGCUAUACGAUUGCUAUAGCUAGUGAAGCUUCAGCUGCUGCCGUGCUCGUGAGCUACUGGACAGAUAUUACUCCGGCUGUUGUCAUCACGAUCAGUUUGAUAUCAAUUCUUGCCAUAAACCUCAUGUCGGUACGAUGGUUUGGGGAAGCCGAGGUCUUUGGUGGAACCGUCAAGGUUGUGUGCUUCAUCAUGCUCAUCUUCGUCUCCAUCGUCAUCACUUCGGGUGGCGGCCCCAAUCACCAGCCGAUCGGGUUCAAAUACUGGUAUGAACCUGGUGCCUGGGUCGAUUUCAACGGAAUUGGGGGCUCUACGGGCCAUUUUCUGGGUUUCCUCGCUGCCUUCGUCAACGCCUCCUUCUCGUUUAUUGGUGUCGAGACGGUCGUGAUCACGGCGGCCGAGGCCAAGGACCCUCACCACGCCAUCCCCAAGGCCGCCAAGAACGUCACCUUCCGCAUCGGCUUCUUCUACAUCCUGGGCGCGAUCCUCAUCGGCUUGAUCGUGGACCCGCGCAACCCUGACCUUGUUACAGGUACCGGGAAUGCAAACAGCUCGCCGUGGGUCAUUGCCAUCCAACAGGCCGGCAUAUCGAUCCUCCCGUCCAUCAUCAACGCAUGCAUCCUCGUCUCGGCCUGGUCCGCUGGCAACUCAUACUGCUGGGUCGGCUCGCGCAUGAUAGUGGCCAUGACGACGGACGGCCAGCUCCCGCAGAUCUUUGGCCGGACCAACAAGGUCGGUGUACCAUACGUUGCCGUCAUCGCGGCCUGGCUUUUUGGCCCCUUGGCAUACCUCUCACUGGGUAGUGGUGGCCCCUCGCAGGCGUUCCAGUGGCUUCUUAGUCUGAGCACGGUGGCCGGCCUGAUCGCUUGGUCGACUCUUUGCUUCUGUUACAUCCGUUUCCACGCUGCGCUCAAGGCCCAAGGCGUAGACAGGGACACGCUCCCGUGGAAGUCGCCAUUCCAACCUUUUACGGCUUGGUAUGGAUUCAUCGGCGCCGCCAUCAUCACCCUGGUUGCCGGGUUCGACGUGUUUCUGGCCGGGAACUGGAACACGUCAAGCUUCAUCGCGUCGUACAUUGGUAUCCCCAUCUUCAUCGUUCCCAUAUUCGUAUGGAAGCUUGUCCAUAGAACAAAGUUUGCCCGCGCCGACACCAUCGACCUCUGGUCGGGUCGUCUGCACGAGACAGAAGUGGUGGAAAAGACGGCACCUCCAACGACCCUCUGGGGCCGCUUUAUCCACUGGCUCGUCUGA